GCUCGUUCUACCCUCUGUUUUAAUCAAAAAGGUUCCCAGAAGGCUGGGUGGUUUUAGAUUGAAGUGGCAAACAGGAUCCUGCCCGGCGCCGUGGCGCAUUCUGAUCCGGGAUUGUGAUCAUGAUGGAAGCCGUCCCAGCGCAGCCCCAGACGGGAUAAGCCGCUCCUGACGCCAAAGACCUACCGGGUGGUCCUUCUCUUUUUGGUUCUCCUACAGCAUUUGGACAGCAGAACCAUCCCCCCCCUCAUCCGGACCGACGCAGGAACCCGCGGGUGAACCUUCCUCCGGCUCCGUGCGUCCCCAUCCAUCCCCUCACGCCAUCGGAUGACCGUCUGUCCUCGCCUUCGUCCAUACUGACACCGGGAGGAGGCGUUCAGGGACUGCCGGGAUAACUCAAAGGCUGCCAGCGACCUCUUGGACAACAGGAGUGGCCCCUAACGACUUGUCAAAAGUGUCACUUCCUGAGGAAAUAUGGACGAAACGCUAUUAGAAAAGCCAGGAAUGAUACCGGACUCUUUCACACCAUGUGAAAUAACUGUCUGGAUGCUCGACAAAUGAGGUAUCUGGCUCCCACAAGAGGAAACGGUCGCGUUAUUUCUCUUAGAGUUUGCAGGGUACCACAGUGUAUCUCUCAGAGAGGAACUUGGGGAGGGAGGGGGGAACCCUUCUCAGAUUGUGUUGGACAAACCCAUGAAGUGAUUCCAUUUACCUCUGAGGAGAAGUUCUGACCAAUCCGUAGACAUGAUGGUGGAAGGCACCGUCCGAUCCUGCCGAAGGACUACCGUGGUUUAACGGGCAAAAAGAGGGGGAAGGGGUGGGGUGGUGGGGUGGUCAUGGAUUACCACGGCGACUGCUGCCUCUGCGACCCGGAGGAGGGCCACGCAGGUCUGGACGAGCCGCCCCUCCACAGCAUCCACGCGCCCAACCGGAUCCGGCCGUCCUCCUACCGGGCCCUGAGGAGCGCCGUGUCCAGCCUGGCGCGCAUCGACGACUUCUUCUGCGAGAAGAUCGGCUCGGGCUUCUUCUCCGAGGUCUUCAAGGUGCAGCAUCGGAUCACUGGGCAAGUGAUGGCGCUGAAAAUGAACACGCUUGCAAGUAACAAAGCUAACAUGCUCCGAGAGGUGCAGCUUAUGAACCGGCUCUGCCAUCCAAACAUUCUCAGGUUCCUGGGGGUUUGUGUGCAUGAAGGGCAGCUACACGCGUUGACUGAGUACAUAAACGGUGGUAACCUGGAGCAGCUGCUGGAUAGCGAUCUGUACCUGUCCUGGGGCGUCCGGAUCAAUCUGUCUCUGGACAUCGCCCGAGGCCUGCAGUACCUGCACAGCAAGGGCAUUUUCCACCGAGAUCUCACCUCCAAGAACUGUCUGGUUCGCUGUGAGAACGGCAAGUUCACAGCUGUGGUGGGAGACUUUGGCCUGGCAGAGAAAAUACCUGAUUACAGUGACUGUGCGGAGAAGCGGCCUCUGGCUAUAGUGGGCUCUCCAUACUGGAUGGCCCCCGAAGUUCUGAGAGGCGAGCUGUAUGAUGAGAAGGUGGAUGUGUUUGCUUUUGGCAUCAUCCUGUGUGAGAUCAUUGCCCGGAUUGAAGCUGAUCCAGAUUUCUUACCCAGAACAGAGGACUUUGGACUUGACGUCGAUGCGUUUGAGAACAUGAUUGGGGAUUGUCCAUCUGCACUCUUCAGCCUCGCUGUGACCUGCUGUAAUAUGAGUGCAGAGAGACGGCCCUCGUUCUCUGACAUCGUCUUUACUUUGGAAGCCAUGGAGAGAGAAGACGAGAGAGAGAAGCCCAUCGCUCUCGAGCCAUUGGUGGUGGAUGUGAGUCCAUACCGGCGCCGCAGCUCUCCCUGUCACCCCGGGGACCGCAGCCAACCGGGUCAAGGCUUGGCCAGGAGCCAGUCGGACGUGCUGCCUCCCACGGCCUUGACUCUUCCACUUCUCGGGACGCCCGCACGGGUCAACCCCUUCUCUCUCAGACAGGACCUCAACGGUGGACGCUGUAAACUCUUGGACACGCCCAGCAAGUCCGUCAUCUCCCUGACCUUCACCCUACCAGCACUUCAGGACCCGUGUGCCUCCCCCCACCUCCUCAGAGGGACUCCGGGGUUACGGGCACCUCCGAGGAGGUGCCAGUCGCUUCCUUGCACUCCGGAAAUUAGCCGGACUGUUGCCUUCCCGAGUGACACUGAGGGGAAAGAGGCGGCAAGGGACAAGAGCAGAGUGGCUCCCGGGGGUGAGGAGAAGGAAGGUGACAUAGACGAGAACAGAUGGAUACCACAGAGAGCAGAGGGCAGUUUGCAUGAUAGCACUGAGAAGAGAGACUCAUUUCAAAUGAAGGAAGAAGGGAAAGAUGAGGAUUCAGGUCUUCCUGUCGAGCUGGAGAUGGUGUCACUGGAGCGGCUGGAUGAGGAGGAGGAGGAUGAGGAAAGCGUUUGUCUGACUGAACCCAUGGACUGCACCAAGUCCCCAGAACCAUCGGAGAGAAUCCUGAACUCCACCGCUGGAAAACCGCUCCUCACCUCCACCUCCUGCUCCACCUCACAGACCAAUGGUUGGCGGCUUCCCAUCUCCAACGGGCCUCCCUCUUUGCCCCCUCUUCCACGAAUGGACAACAACAACGGCUCUGCCCUCGUGAUUGGGCAGCAGGUGCAGUGGGGCGGAGGCCAUCGCUCCAAUGGUUACAGUGGAGCCCAGGUCCAGUCCUCUGACUCGAGUGGCCCCUCUGAGCAAGACGAAGUCUUUUCCUGUCCAGGCUGCUGUUUGGUGGGACUGAGUUUCCCCUCAGUGUGCCUCCGUGGUUCAGCUGCCGUGCCUGCCCCCCACCGGAGAGCAUCUUUACCUCGGCGCCGGCCAUACCGAAACCUCAACGGUACGAUAACUGGUAGCAGCGCCUCCUCUUCAGUGUUGGGCGCUACGGCGGCUAAAAACCUCCUGUGUCGCAGCACGAAUGGACUGGUGGUGGCGGGGCCUUCCAUGCCAUGCGAGCCCGGCCGGCCCCUGCCAGAGGCCCAGUCAUAAACUUGCUCAGAGAACCCCUGACGUUAUCCCUCAGACAUGCACCAGCACUAAACACGAGGACAAAACACAAACACUACAUUUUACAGGGCUGAGGUUGAGAAGAUCCACCACUGAAGAUGUCUUGUUAGUUCUGUGCUGCUACUGAAAGCUUGGGCGCUAUGUUGGGAAUUAGAACGAUAGCAGUUGAGCGGUUUAAACACAACACACUGAGAAGAAAAUGCUGGCAUACUGUAAGACGUAGCUAAGGUGAAAAAAGUGGUUUGAGUCAGGGGCCAAAGCUUGUAGCUGCCUCAGAGGACAUGCUGGUCCAAACGGAGCUGCUACAGCUAAUAUCUCUGUUAGCCCCAUUUCUCCCCAACUGAGCUAAACCAAAAUCCGAUUUGAAAAGAAAAGGUUUUUCUACAGGUUUGUUACAACGUGUGCUACUAUUUCUGUAUCAUUACUAUGAAAUUGAACAUUGGAGAGCUCCAGAGUUGGAACUGAUCAUUCAAAGCUUCAUAGCAGUUCACAGAUUCAAUUGUUAAAGGACUUAAAUUUUCUGAAUUUUAGCUUCAGUUUUUAUCCCUUGUCCAUGUACACAUGUGGAAUAAAGUACAUCCUUAAUGAGUUCUAAGUGUUAGCCUGUCAGGCCUAAAAUAAAGAAGUAAAAGUAUGGUCCUCACUUAACUAAAUAUGUUUAAAUUGUAGAAGGAGUGUGAGAAAAAGUUACUACCCCAUGAUGGACCAAUUUGUUGGACCACCUUUAGCAAUAACUUGAAGUAAUGUUUUGUGUGACGUUAUCGGUCUGUCACAUGGUUGUCGAAGAACUUUGUACCGCUUCACAAAGGUUCAUGUAAGUUUUUGGGAAGACGAUUAUGCUCAACCAUUUUUAAAAGGCCUCGCCGCAGUAUUUUAUUGAGGCUUUUGUCUACUAAGUCUGGAAAAUUCAACAUCUUGCUUGUUUCCCAGGGAUUCUGUUGCUGGUGAGCCUGGGAUUCUUUAGCUGUCUGGCAGAUGCCCUCGCUUUGAACUCUUAUACAGUUGAGUUAUGGAUGAUAUCAAUGGUACAUAAAUGACUUUUUGUAUUCAGUGACUGAAAGCUGCCCGGGUUCUAUGGCUCUGCUAUUGACCAAUUCAUUAUCCCUCCACUACUGUGCUUGACAGAUAUUUUGAGACUUGUUCUUAAAGGCUACAUUUGGUUUUCACCAAAAUGCUUUAUUUCCCCAAAGCAUCUCUUUCUGCAAGCAUUGCAAAGUCUUACAUUGGGAUAAACAUUCAGAGAACAGACCUAACAACCCUUCUCAGCAUUGAUUGGCAUUAGAAUGGCCUCUCGAUGGUAUAAUAUUUCUACAGUUUUUUGUUAACACGUACCUUAAAGCUCCAAAAGCCAGUAAACUGCCAAAACGUCUGCUUUUAUAGAGAUGCUCACAGUAGCUAAACCUGACUAACAAGGUGAGUUGACCUUAUUAGUAAGCUAGUAACCGAAUUUUAAGACCUGGAAAGGACCAGUUUGUUUUUUUAAAAUGUGUUUUAAAAUGUAAAACCUUUUUUCAGUAUCUUCCAUGUAGCUGUAAGUGAAACGGUGACUGUAACAUAAAUGAUUUCCACAUUUUCAAAAAUGAGUCAAUAAACCAUGUAAAUGAUUAACUUACAGUAAUUUUUGGUGUGAAACUGGGGAGCAGCUUGACAUUGUAUCUCAUCUUACCUCCUUUUUUUGGAGGAAGUUUGGAAGAAACAAUAAAAAAAAUUGCAUGGCAGCUUUGUCAAUGUUGCUUUUCUGGGCUGAUACUGGUGGAAAACCUGUGGCCCAGUCCCAGACUCUAUAAGAUGGGGGGAAACUGAUAGAGGAGGCUCCAGGUACAAUAAUAGUACGAUUUGGAUUCUGUUUAACUGCUCAACAGUAGCUGCAGGAGAAUUAUUUAAAAAUUAAGACAUAUUUCUUUGUACUUUUUUAAAAGCAACUGAACUGUGUGCACGUGUGUUUCUGUGUAAGAAGGAAAGAAUGAUAUCUGCUGAUUUUAUGGGAUGUAAUGGAAGGAACUUCCUUGACUUUUCACCUAUAUUUAUUUUUGCUCUGGGGUUUUGAGCACUUUGCUACAAAAAACAAGCUUUUACUAGAUGGUGCUUUAUUUAAGUCAGUUUUAAGACAGUUUUUCCUGUGUCUCUGUGUGUGUUUGGUCAGUUCUUACUCAACAAACUACACGCGUUUAAUCCUUAGACAUCUCUUUUUUUCCAUGUGUAUUUUGUGUAUCUAUGUAUGCAUUUGGAUGACACUGUAGAAUUUAAAGAGACAGCUUUGACCAUUUAUUUCACAGAUCAUUCCACACACUGUGUGUGUAUGGGCUUUGCGCUAAAGGUAGAGUGAUGGAUAUUCACAGGACAACUUACUCCAUCUUUUCUGAUUUUAAACCAUUCGUGGCUUUAUUCCCCAUUUUUGUUUUAAAGCUCCAGGCAUACAUGGAGUUAUUUAAUAAUAAACAAAUAUGGCUUCGUA